AUGAAUCCAAAGAUAUCUGAUUUUGACAUGGCAAGAAUAUUUGGGCAAGAUGACUCUGAAGCAAAAACAAAGAGAGUGGUUGGAACAUAUGUAAACAAUGGAUAUAUGUCUCCCAAAUAUGCAUUGAGGGGAAAGUUUUUAGUGAAGUCUAAUGUCUCUAACUUUGGAGUAAUAUUGUUAGAAAUUUUGAGCAGAAAGAAUAGUUUUUCUCAUCAUGGAAAAGCAUCAAGCCUCAUAGGAUAUGUAUGGGAAAUGUGGAUAGAAGAAAAAUGCUUAGAAAUUGCAGAUCCAGUCUUAGGAGAUGAUGGCAGUGGGCAGGAGAGGAGAGAAGCUAAAGAGGGAUGA